UUAAGAUGUGUCGUAAACUACUAUGUCGGAUCCUGAUCCUGCUGAUAGUUUUACACUAUUCGAUGGGAGUUGUUUAUGAACUUUUGCUUGAGGAUGAGAAAGUAUUCACCGAGUGUACGGGUAAGCCUAAAGGCUAUCUCAAUAUGUCUGGAUUUUGGGAUUUUACCGACUUGGGCUUAGAAAUGGUUGAGGAGGGAGUAAUCGUGUCUGGAAACAUGACGUCUACGUGGAAGGUCGACCCAACAGAUCGCAUUGAGGGUGCUGCCAGCUUAUUUUACUUCGAUCGUGGCUCUUGGCAGCAGACCGUUAUCAAUAUGUUGGUGAGGGACUUCUGCAAGAGCAUGUAUGAAGAGAACCAAUUUUGGCAAAUGUACUGGACUGUGCACGCAACCAACAUGAAAGAUGUGAAAGACCAAUGUGUCAACUUCGGUACUACGCUGACUCUAGAAACGUAUCUCCUAGAUAUGAAAUUCCCCUUAGAUGUAGCAAUACGUACUGGGCGCUACAAGAUUGUGGUUCAAAUGCAUGCAAUAGAUCGAACUGGUGUAAGGCGCAAAAAUAGUAUUUGCUUUCAAAUUAGGGGCGAACUAAUGAAAGCUACUUAAAAUAUUGGAAUAAUCUUUCAUCAUAUUAUUGAUUUUCAAGGUGCACUAUCAGGCUAUAAAAAAAUAUAACUUCUAAUAAUCAGGUCAGGUCGCUCUUUGAAUUAGAUACA